CGAACUGACGUGUCCCAGGCCUGGCCCUUGAGCUCGAGCUCUCAAGGCUCAGCCCUGGGCGGGGUCCUGCUGUUGGCUGACCGCGCACCUGCCCCUGUCCCCCCCCGGAGGGGAGACGUGUACCGGGGGCGGGGGCUGCAGGGUGUUCAGAGCCAGAGCAGGGGGCGAAGCUCCCCACGGAGGAGGAGGCGGCGGGACAGGGCGGAGCCGGACCGAGCCAUGGGCUGGCGGCCGGGCCCCCGGGCGAGGGACGGUGUCUGAGAGGACACGGGCCGGGCGGGGGAAGAAGCCGCCGCGAGGCCCCGCCCCCUCUUGCCGGCGCCCUGAGGGGUGAAGCCGAGAGGGAGGCGCGCUCGGAUAACGGCGCAGGAGCCCGGGUUCAGAGAUGGACUCAGAAGAAAUGACAACCAACAGAAGUGAACAAAAAUCAAGGAAGAUUUUAAAAAGUCUAAUAAGGAAGCAGCCUUGGGACCUUCUUUUGGUAAUUGGAACCGGAGUGAGUGCUGCUGUAGCACCAGAAAUACCAGCACUGUGCUCAUGGAGGAGCUGUAUUGAAGCUGUCAUUGGAGCAGCUGAACAGCUGGAGGUGCUUCAUCCAGGAGACGUUGCUGAAUUCCGCAAAAAAGUGAUCAAAGACAGAGACUUGCUUGUAGUUGCACAUGAUCUCAUAAGAAAGAUGUCCCCACGCACAGGUGAUUCCAAGCCCAACUUUUUCCAGGAUUGCUUAAUGGAGGUGUUUGAUAACUUGGAACAACACAUUCAGAAUCCUGUUGUUCUACAGUCAAUCCUCAGGCUAAUGGAGAGAGGCACUAUGGUCCUUACAACAAACUAUGACAAUUUACUUGAGAUUUUUGGUCAGCAACUGGGUAAACCUAUGGAGUCUUUAGACCUGAAAGAUAAGGAUAAGGUUCUUCAGUGGGCAAGAGGUCAUAUAAAGUAUGGAGUUCUUCAUAUUCAUGGCUUGUAUACAGAUCCCUGUGGAAUGGUGUUGGAUCCUUCAGGAUAUAAAGAUGUUACUCAAGACCCCGAAGUAAUGGAGGUUCUGCAGAACUUGUAUCUGAUGAAAUCCUUCUUGUUUGUGGGCUGUGGAGAGACUCUGCGUGAUCAAAUAUUCCAGGCUCUCUUUCUGUAUACUGUAAAGAAUAAAGUAGAUUUAGAACAUUAUAUGUUGGUGCUUAAAGAAAAUGAAGACCACUUUUUUAAACUCCAGGCAGAUAUGCUUCUGCAUGGAAUAAAAGUAGUAUCCUAUGGUGAUUGCUUUGAAUCUUUCCCGGAGUAUGUCCAAGAGCUAACUGCUCAAAUCUGCAAGCAGAGGAGUCCAGAUGCUGAUCUAGUGGAUAGUACAACACUGUUGGGGACUUCAUGUGUGGACUGUGCAAAGAGAAAGUUAGGAGAAAAUGACCUGGAUCUUUCUAAGAGAGUCAAACAAGAAGCUAAUGCAGUUGAUACCUCUGCUGAUGACCUGGGCGUUGUAAAGAAGUUUGAAACCCAAGUGCAGGGCAACUGCGCAGGACCGCUGGAGGGGGAAGCAGAGAACUGGGCUCUCACUACUCCAGAAUUUCAGUGACUUUCUCUACCUGGCAUUGACUGUAACAGGCCUGCUUCCUGGCAGCAACAACAACAACAACUUGGAAUGGCAUUAAGAGUUUACCUUCACACACCGUAGUAGGCUGCUGCUCUUAGCAAUUUUUUUUCUCUCCCAAAAUGAACUAGUCUCAGUCAAGAGCAGGGAGUAGCUGGGGGUAGAACGUGAGCUAAAAGCUGUUAGGUUACAGUCAGAAUGUUAGUUUCUAAGGUUAAAGUAAAAGUUUGAAAAAUAUAGACAAGGAUUCAUUUCCACACCACCAGAAAAAGGCAGUGUUAAGUAUACCUAAACUAAAAGUUAGAGAAGGGUGGGGUUUAAACACUUGAAAGUGAAACUGGCACAGCCUAUAAAGAGACACUUUAAGUAGAAAGUAAGGUUGAAAUUAAUUUAUUUUUAAGAACUGCAAACAAGAAUAGCACCUUGUGUGUCUGUUGUUAUUCAGACAACUUGCUUGCAUGUUUUAUUUCUUCCCCACCCACCCCCUUUUUCCAUCUACUUUUUUAUUCCUGGUUCCUCUUCCAAGCUGCUCUAUGCCCCUGCACCUUUCACUGAGUCCGUUAAGCUCCAUAUGCCCAGAGGGCUGUCAGCACAAAGCUACUUACAGGAUCUGAACCUUGAACUAUAAGCUCCUUGGAGCAUGCACCAUCUUCAUGUUUUAUAAAGCUCAAAUACCUGACCUAUACAACUGUACUAUGAAUAUUUCAGUUUUCACUUGUCAUCUGGUACCUUUUACCUUUUAGUAUCAAUUAACAUUGGGGGAAAUGAGGAUAUAAAUGAAAAUUGCCAACAGCAGCAUACAGGCUGUUCUUUAUUGACUGGGAUUCACUUCACAUUGGAAUGAAAAUAUUUCAGUUUGUUUCAAGGACAGGACAUGCUUUUGGUAUUUCAAGUAGUGAUUACAGGGAUGUUUUCACUGUUGCAUAGUUAAAGCAGUCCACUAAUUAUGUGUGGUAGAGAACUGCUACAACCCCCAGCUCAUCAAGUUUUAACCACUUCCACUGCAGCCAGUGUGACUACUCCAUAUGCUUAAAGGAAAACAUGCUUAAGACCCUUGCUGAAUCCUGUCCUUAGACUAUCAAAUUUAAAUUCUAUUGUGAGAGCUUGGAUUUUUCUGAGGGGUUGUCCUGUAAAACUUGUUAGUUUCUCCCAAAAUUGUGUUGUCCUGGAGCAAACAGAUUUCUUUAAAUGAAAUUCUAAAGUGUUAAAAAAAUAAUGAUUCUUUAAUUAGAAUCAAUCAGAUACUGAUGGCUGAUUAAGUGGCUAGAUUAGGCUGUCAUUUUUGCAUCUAUUUUCCUGAGGCUGCUGGGAGCACAGUAUAGUUUUGAGGUUGUUUUAAACACAGCAGUCAUAGGUUAAAAUUACUGCAAUAAACUUUUAUUGAACUCUGUUCUAUGGUACUUUUAUGGUCCCUAUCACCAUAGUAUCUGAGCAUCUCAUCCAUUCAGUUCGUUCCUCAGAUAUAACCUAUUUAACUUGUCUUUUAGUUUUCCCAUGAGCAACACUACAUAGCUGCCUUCCCACUGUGCGCGCGCGCACACACAUGCACGCACGCACACAUUUAAAUUUAGGAUCGAUCUGAUGUGAUGUGAAGUGUUUUUAAAUCACAAGUAAAAUUAAUUUUGCAUUUUUUAAAACAGGUAGCACUGGAGACUCUUCAAGUCUAAACACGACUGAAAAUUGCAACUUGUAAAACAGCCAUUCUUGCCUAUAGUGCCAUACAACUGCACUGUGAAAAAUGCACAUCGCAGUAGUGAUGGGAUCUCUUAUAGUUCCAUGUAUGCACAUUAAAAGCAGAGUUGCUGUGUGGCCCAUUAUGGCUGUGUGUGGGAUUUCUUCAACAUGUAUUCUACUGCCAGUAGAAUAUGCAUGUUUCAGUUAUCUUAUAAGGCCUGACUUGCAACUGGCUCAGGGAAACAUAUAGUUGAAAGGGAUAUACCUAGAAUGUGACGGUUCGGUGUGAUGCAUUCAGUUAAUCAAAAAGUAACUUGCUUUGAAAUCCUGUUUUGAAUAAGACUAAGUCUGGAUUCCCAAGCGGAGGAAAUAGGCCAUAAACCUAGACGUUCAUUAAAUGAUGCAUCUGGCUCUACUAAUGCUACUGUAGAAAUUAAUUUACAUGUAUUUAUAUAAUUUUUUAAAAAUGGAAACUUGUGUAUUUACUGAGGAUUUUAGAGACAAGGUGGAAGAUAUUGUUCAUUGGACGUUAUGAGUAAGGGUAUUGCAAUCUGGCCAUAAAGUGUUGUGAUUAAUAUACCUUGUCUUCCAUCUGUGCUGGCUGGCUGUUUGCUAAAAGGCAGGGGGGGAACUCACCAAGGAACAGUUUUGACUGGGGGAGAGGGGAAGCUGUAUACCUCUUUGUGGCUUGGCAAUGAACAGCAAACAUGGCCAUGUAAUAUGCAUCUAGCCUCUUUCAUCAGUUCCUGGGCCUCACAGGAAGCUCUGGAUUCAAUUUCAGGAGAAAUGUAAAGUUGGUCUUUUACAAGCGUUCGAAACAGAAAAUGUCUCCUUCCCUUCUAAUCCAUACAGUUUAAAAAAAAUUAAGCUACUAGAACUUGUAUCUUUAUAUUUAACCUAACCACAUCUGAAACCUUGUAGUGAGAAUCUUCCUGAUAAAAAGUAAAAAAUGCUGUACAUUUCAAGAUUUUUUCCAACAUUUUAAUUCUCAAUAUUUUAACAUCAAAAAGUUACCUUUAACAGAUGAGGUUUGCGUUUUUUGACAGCAGUCAUAUGAAUUUAACAUAACAUCCAUAUUCAAAAAGUUAAUCAUUCAUCAGUUUUUAUGUUAAUGGGACCUAAUAGUUUAUCUUAAUGCUAACCAACAAGAACAUACUUAAAGAGAUUAGGCACUAGUCACUAGAAUUUACCAAUUUCAGUAAUGUCUUUCGAAAGCUUAUUUUGAAUUUGUAACACAACAGGAACAUGUACUCCAUAAAACCCUAAACAAAACUAGGUCAAUUAAUACAAUCAUUUAUUUUUCUCCAAAUUCUAAGUAACGGCUUUGAGUUAUGAAGCUAAAUUCUUUGACUUCUGUACAAGAACAUUUAAAAGCAAUAUUCAAAAAGCUUACAAACUUGUCAUAAAGGUGGCUGUAGGAAUCACAAUUUUGUUAUUCACAGAUGGCCCUGAAACUUUCAUGUUUUAUUCCAAUGUGGAACUGUAUCUGUGCUGCUCUUUUCGUUCACUGUCAUCAGUGUCUGGAUACACAGUAAGAUCCAGAGUCAGUACCUGACUAAACAUGUAAUCAUCUUGCUGAAAGGAGGAAGAAUCAAAUCAGUUUACAAGCAUAUAUAUUAAAAAUAAGCAUUACCUAUAAGAUGAUGCAGUUACCAGAAGGACCACUUAACUAUAAAUCACUUGUUCUGGAACGCUAUUAAACAAUUACCAAUGACUAUUCCUGAAUGGCAAACAAUGCAUUUGAAUCAUUUAGCUCUUGAUACAGUUAUUAGAGAAUUUUUUUUUAAAUGAACAUUAAGGGGGCGGGGUCAUUUCUUAAGAAAUAAUUGGCUGCAGCUGGAAUUUUUUUUUUUUUAUAGUUUAACUGCCAUAUGAAUUUAAUUUGAUUGAAAUCAAGACACAAAGAAUAAAAAUUAUUUGUACCUCU